AUGCCUUCACUCUCCAACAUAGUUCUCGCGGCCUUUGCUGCCAUUGGUAGCUCAGCCAUGCCAUUCGACUCGGCCUUCGAUACCAACGAAAUCGUCAACGCCACAGAUGCCGAUGUUCCACUCCUCUUCAAGCGCCAAGGCAUCCCAUCAGGCACGGGAACCAACAAUGGCUGGUACUAUAGCUGGUGGAGUGACGGCAGCGGCAACCAUGUCUACAGCAACGGCGCCGGGGGCUCCUAUAGCGUCGAAUGGUCCGGCAAUGGAAACUUCGUUGGCGGCAAGGGAUAUCAGACUGGAUCUGCGAGAACCGUUUCCUUCGACGCAUCCUUCAACCCUCAGAACAACGGCAACGCUUACCUGACUGUUUACGGCUGGACUCGCAGCCCUUUGGUCGAGUACUACAUUCUCGAAAACAUUGGGGAAUAUAACCCUUGUGCCUCUUCCUCUCAACCAAAAGGUUCUGUGACCAUCGAUGGCUCUUCUUACCAACUCUGCCAGAAUACUCGCACAAAUGCUCCAUCGAUCGAUGGGACGCAGACGUUUCAGCAGUACAUUUCUGUCAGGCAAAGCAAGCGGUCAAGCGGAUCUGUGGAUGUUGGCGCGCAUUUUGAAGCAUGGGAGGCGGCAGGUCUGCAGUUGGGUGCCCAUGAUUAUCAGAUCUUCGCUACGGAAGGAUACAAUAGUGCUGGAAAUGCGGAGGUGACUGUCUCUUAG